GCGGAUACCAACCUUGCAACUUCCCUUACAGCUCUGCCAUCGCAAUGUUCAGAGCAGCAGCAUCGUCGUCAUCAGCUUCGCUACGGCGAUCCGUGCUACGGCAGUCUCAGCCCUGGGCUCGAACCCUCUCCUCCUCUUCUAGCCUCCUACGGCCCACUCCGUCAGACCCCACUCCUCCCAAGUCUCCCACUCCAACCUCUUCACCAGUCGGCGCUUCUCCAAAGCCAGACGAAGAUGGUACCACCCACUUUGGCUACCGUGACAUCCCUUCUUCGUCCAAGGAGGGUCUCGUAGCGAGCGUCUUCUCCUCCGUCGCCUCCUCCUACGACCUCAUGAACGAUGCAAUGUCUCUUGGCAUUCACCGUCUUUGGAAGGCCCACUUUGUCUCCAAGCUCGACCCACGCGGGGGAAUUAACGUCCUCGAUGUCGCUGGCGGUACGGGCGACAUUGCUCUGCGUAUCCUCGACCACGCAAGACUGAAGCACAUCGAUCGGGAGACUAAGGUGACCAUGCUGGAUAUCAACCCAGAGAUGCUGCGCGAAGGCAUGAAGCGCAUCAAGCGCGAGUCCAUGUACUGGAACACGCCCCAGAUCGAUUAUCAAUUGGGAAACGCAGAGGCACUUCACAGCAGUAUGGAGAUUCCGCCACCGAGAAAGGGACACAAGACGCUUCCUCCUUUGAAGAGUCAGCGGACAGAGGAUGAGAGUGUGGACUUGUACACGAUUGCCUUUGGUAUUCGGAAUUGCACACACAUCGAUAAGGUGCUAGAAGAGGCCUACCGGGUGCUCAAGCCGGGUGGUGUCUUUGCUUGUCUGGAAUUUGGCAAAGUCAACAAUCCGUUGCUAGCUCAAAUCUACAAGCAAUACUCCUUCCAGGUCCUCCCCUCCCUCGGUCACAUCCUUGCCUCCGAUCGUGACUCCUACCAAUACCUCGUAGAGUCCAUCGAGAGAUUCCCCACGCAGCAGCAGUUUGCCAAUAUGAUGAAGAAGGUCGGCUUUGUCCUUCCGGGUAGUGAAGAGGGGGAGAGGAGAUUGAGGCAAGAGGGACUGGAUGGAGAGGAGUGGGGUGGCAGCGGGCAGGGCGAGUGGGAGGAUUUGACUGGAGGCAUCGCCACCAUUUGGAUUGGUUGCAAGCUGUAAUGUGUUCGGACUCAAUAUAGACAUCUGAAAUUGAAGACAAUGGCGGACGGG